GGAUGUAACUCAAGCCGGUGCGCACUCCGCAAGAACCGGGCACAACUGUACGCAGCAGAGGAGCCUAGGCCUACCUGUUUAGCUGUAUCCUCUAAUACUUAUUGUGCGUAACGGACAUGGAUCAAUCACAGCAUUUUGUAGCAAUGUACUUGCUGAUGUUGUCCCUCGGAUUUAUAAUAGAAGAAGGGCUAUGCCAGCAUUAUUACCUCCUCCGUCCUAUCCCGAGUGACAGUUUGCCACUUGUGGAAUUAAAAGAGGACCCAGAUCCUGUCUUUGACCCAAAAGAGAGGGACCUCAAUGAAACCGAACUGAAAAGUGUAUUGGGGGACUUUGAUAGUCGCUUGAUGUCUAUUACACCACCACAUGAUAAAUACACUGGCAACGAUGAGCUUGACGAUUUGGACAUUCAACAGAAGCCCAGUGGAGUGAUGCCGAAUGAAAUCAAAGCAAUGGAUUUUGACGUACAGUUUGGCAAGAGGCACAAACCCAAUAAAAAACUUAAACGGAGGCUGCAGCAGUGGCUGUGGUCAUUCUCAUUCUGUCCCGUCAUUUAUACAUGGAACGACCUCGGCAGCAGAUUUUGGCCACGUUAUGUGAGAGUGGGAAACUGUCAAAGCAAAAGAUCAUGUUCGGUUCCAGAGGGGAUGGUCUGCAAACCAGCAAACUCGACCCAUUUUACGAUAUUGAGAUGGCGAUGUAUACAGAAGAAAGGGGGCCUCAAAUGUACUUGGAUACCAGUUCAAUACCCGAUGAUAACCGAAUGCAAAUGCGCCUGCUCGAACUGAAAUGACUGUUUUCAAGUAUAAAUUAUCAUGACUUUGUAAUUUUGUAUGCACUACCGAGUGUAUGAAUGUAUUUUAUGUAUAUGAGGUGCUAUUCAAUUAUAUAGGUUCUUGUAAAAAGUCAGUAUUACGUGUAACCAGAGUCUACCGUAUUUGUGGAAAGUAUUGGUUAUAUUUGUUGUAUUUAUAUUGAAGAUCAAUGGCGCAUAGGUGCCGUUUUAUAAACAUGUUGUUUUCUAUUAUGGAAAACGAAUCUAUCGACCUCAGAUUUCAUGUGGAUUAUGUUAUCUUGCAGCUGAUAUACAGCUGAAUAUCGGUAGCCUAUUCCAACGAUUUAUCAUGUAAAUUAAGAGAACUGCUAUUUAUUCUUUAUAUUCAUAUAAUAAAAUGUCACUG